UUAUAUUUUUCUUUGCUUUCCUCAGUUGUCUAAUUUGUUACGUACGAUAUUCACGUAGUUAAUUGCUGAACUAUGAAAGAACUUCGAAAUUUCGGUUACUGAAUUUAAUAACUAACUUAUCUGUGAUAAACCAGGAAUUCUAAAGUAGUUUUAAUUGUUGGACCGAGCUUUUGAACAUCACUCGUUCAUUAUAUGACUGUAUUACGUCUAAAAUUCUUCGAUUAGGUAAAGGCUGAAUAGAACAUGGCCGCCUGACUAUACUACACUAUCAGUUUUUGAUAAAUGUGAAAGAGUGAAUAUUGCCUAGGAAUGGAGCUAAGGGUUGGAAAUAAAUAUAGAUUAGGACGAAAAAUUGGCUCUGGUUCAUUCGGAGAUAUAUAUUUAGGGACAAAUAUAUCGACUGGUGAAGAAGUAGCUAUUAAAUUAGAAUGUAUCAAAACAAGACAUCCACAACUCCAUAUAGAAUCAAAAUUUUACAAAAUGAUGCAGGGUGGAGUUGGGAUCCCACAGAUCAAAUGGUGCGGUUCGGAAGGUGACUACAAUGUGAUGGUGAUGGAACUCCUGGGUCCGUCAUUGGAGGAUCUGUUCAACUUCUGCUCGAGAAGGUUUUCCCUAAAGACUGUACUACUGUUGGCCGACCAGCUGAUAUCCCGCACCGACUUCAUCCAUUCGCGUAACUUCAUCCAUCGGGACAUCAAGCCCGACAACUUCCUGAUGGGGCUCGGCAAGAAGGGCAACCUAGUUUACAUUAUCGACUUCGGAUUGGCCAAGAAAUACAGGGACGGCAAGACGAACGAGCACAUACCAUAUAGAGAAAAUAAGAAUUUAACAGGUACCGCAAGAUACGCUAGUAUAAACACACACUCUGGCAUAGAACAAUCAAGAAGGGACGAUCUUGAGUCAUUAGGUUACGUUUUAAUGUACUUCAAUAGGGGCUCCUUGCCUUGGCAGGGGCUGAAAGCCGCAACAAAAAGACAAAAAUACGAAAGAAUAUCAGAGAAGAAAAUGUCCACGCCUCUUGAAGAAUUGUGCAAGGGAUAUCCUGGGGAAUUCUUCAGAUAUUUACACUAUUGUAGACAACUUAAGUUUGAACAGAACCCUGAUUACAACUACUUGAGGCAACUCUUCAGAACACUCUUCCAUCGACAAGGCUUCACUUAUGAUUAUGUAUUUGACUGGAAUAUGCUCAAAUUUGGUUGUUCGAGAGGAAGUCACGGAGAGGAGAAUAAUCAGCAACAGCAGCAACCUCAGUCUAGAACCACUCGCUACGGUUCUCAUGUUGUCACCCCUGGCGAUUCGACGGCAUCUGCAGUUCCCUCGAGGUCUAGGAGGCCUCACGGCUUAGAACUGAUGGCUCCACCAAAUAACGCAGUUGUUGCGAAUCCAUUGGACAAUGUUAUCACUACUUCUUCUCCUAGAAUGUUCGAAAAUUGUGAACGCUUAGUAUCUGUAAGGUUUAGGCCUAACCAAGGAGCGCAGAAUAUACCUACCUCAGACCACACCACUAAACAGACAAACUUCCUUCAACGCUUAACAUCAAGAAAACCUAAAAAACCUUAAAUAUACUAUGUAAGAAAAACUCGACACCUGAGUACCAAACGCCCCCGGCUUACCCAUGGCGCCCCCUAGUCAGACAACAGCUCAGAUAGGUCUCCCGAGGAGAGGUAGCUCUUCGAAGGACCCCCCUUCCUCUCGGAUGAAGAAAUGAGCUAUGUGAGAUUGCGACGGAAAAUAUUCUGGAUAAAUGAAUUUUUAUUGUAAGGAUACAUUUUAUUUCAAGGAGUCGAAUGGAAUAGAAGAUUUUGUGCAGACAGAUAGUCUGAACUCUACCAGAUUAUUAUUAUUAAUACUACAAAAGUUAUGAGAUGCCUAAGUUUAAGAAAUAUAUGAAGCAAUGUGGUUGUCUUGUUUGCAUUAACUUUAUUUUACAAAUUAUGAAAUUUUUGAAUUGCUGAAAUGAUACUAACCCGAAAUUUGAAGUCGAAGACUAAAAAAAUGACUGAUUUGACAGUUUGAGGCAAGUUAACUUGAAAUGAAUGAAUCUGUUGCACCACAAAAUGUACACAAUGGUAAACCUAGUAUAAAGAAAAUGCAUGUUUGUUCGGUUUCAUUUGACGUUAUGACAGUUGUUUUCGACCUUUGAGAAGAGCGAUUGAUUUCUACAUCAAUCAAAAUUUUUCAGAAGUGAUUCUGAAUAAACUCCUUUUUGGGAAUUUAUUUGUUGACUCAUACAGAAUGAAAUCCCCAAAAUUUACAUUAAUAGAGCACUCAAUUCUUUUGAAUUGAAAUAUAUAUUGAGAAAUAUUUACAUAUUCCAUCGAUUCUAAGAAAUUUUCAGUUAUUUGUUGAUUUCUUAUCUUCUCAAUAAUAUUAUUUUUAUUGCUUAAAUUCGUUGAAGCUCUUCUAAAAGGUUCUUCUGUUUGGUUAGUUAUUGAUUUGUUAAUUUUGUUAUGGAAGUAUGUUAUCAACAUAAGUGUUGUUAUAUUCAUUUUCGCAUUUACAUGUAUUGUAAACCUGUAAUGAAUAAACCGAAUGUCUUAAUGAUCGAAGAAAAAAUUCUAAUAAAAAGCAAGUGAUUUAACUGUUUUGCUUAGCAAUUUGUAUGUUUGAAUUAUAAUUGUUGUGAAUUGAAUGUUGGCAAAUUUCGUUUUCAUUACUGGAUGAGAUUUAUAGUGUGCCAAUGUUAAUUCUGUAUAUUUAUAUAGGAUCUGCAAAAUUUGAAAUAUCCAUGUAUCUGGCUUUGAUAAUAUUGUCAUUUCGAAAAGGAUUUUAAUCUGAUAGGAAUCAACAGAAUCAUUACUUUUCAAACCAAUAGAAACUGGUUCUUUUGAUGAAAAAAAGGAUAUAACACUUGUACAUAUCUGGACUGAACCUGUAAUUAAUAUGUAUUUCCUUCUUAGUAUAUAUCAAUUAUACUUUAAAUGUAAAAAGAGAUUUUUAUAAAAUUUGAUGUGUGUCACAUUGUAUAAAAUGUAUAUGUAAAGAAAUGUAAGAGCUUCAAAAUAAGGUUCAAUAUUUUCGUUUGUAUUUCUGUCAUUGAACAUUGAUUCGAGUCUUAUUUAAUGUUCCUAAAUAAUCCAACCUUUUCGCAUUCCUUUGUUAAGUUUUCCUAACUAUAUUUAUUGUUCAUUAUCGAAGGCUGAUCCUUAUUAACAUAAUCGAAUGAAGUACGGAAUUACAAUUUUUUUAUCAUGAAAAAAAUCACAAUUGAAAUCUAUUUCUCUAUUCUUUCAAGACUUGUAUCAACUAGUUUUCAGUAUGGAUUAGUUGCAAUAUUAAAAUGAUAAGAGAUAUUUUCAACUAUAUUUGGUGUUUCAAUAAAAUUUAUCCACUAUGAAGGCUGGGAAAUAGAUGUUGAUAUUUUGAUGGACCAUUUAGUUUUUCAUGAAAGGAAAUGUUCUAUUGAAAUGGAACUAACGUGUUUUUGAGAUUGUAUGAUUGAAUAGAGACCAAUAUCGGAGAUUUAUUGCAUAAUAUUUGAACUGUAUCUCUAUAUUUUUGGCAGUGACCUAUGUUGAUGUUUUCUCAGAAAAUUAUGGUAAAUAAACUGCAAAACAGAUAUAA